UUCCAACGGUAAGAACAGGCGAAUUGUGUCUAGAGCAGCGUCACUCCGUGUUCAGGUCUCGGACCGCCCUGAACAUCUGCGAUUUCUCUGGAAGCAGGGAAAGGAACAUACUUGCGUGCCAAAAAGAUGGUCUCACUACGGCGGCGACGUGAUCCGUGCGGCUUUAUAGUGGCAUUAGGUGUGAUCAUACUUGUAUUAGUAUGCGCACGUUCUCAAGAAAUCACAGGUCAACCUGACGCACCCACUACUGAGCCAAACGCACUAUCAAAUGAGCUUGUGUUUACGGCAGCUCCGCUGGAAACAGAAGCUCCAGCGACGACCACGCUCAGCGACACUGCCACAGUGCUCGAGUCAACUUCUGGAGACACUGAAGACACGGGGUUCACUGGUACCGAAUCUGCUGCUGGCACAGCUUCUGAAUCUGCAACGACGACAAACUCUGCUUCUACACCACUCGGAGAAACUGGAUGCGAUGACGCUCCGGCGGAAGAUCCCAUCGCUCCGGGUUCCGAACUUGGGAACUUUAGUCACUGGGCCGUGGCGACAGACGCAGCACCAUGCGCUAACGUGACCAGGAACAUUAUGAAGAAAGGCGGCAACCUCGCUGACGCUGCCGUGGCCACCAUGCUGUGCAUGGGCGUGGUUCUACCGCAAUCUAUGGGAAUCGGCGGGGGAUUCAUGGCCACCAUAUAUCUGAGGCACGCGAAAAAGGGGUUGACAUUGAUUGCAAGGGAAAGGGCUCCAGGUGCAGCUACAUGGGACAUGUUUGUCGGCAACGAGACAUUGGCCAGGAGAGGCGGUCUGUCAGUUGCGGUGCCCGGUGAGCUUCGUGGCUACCGCACUCUGCUGCGCGAGCUGCACUCCACCCUCAUGUGGCGUGAUCACUUCGACGACGCCAUUCGCCUCGCCCGGUAUGGUUUCCCUGUCGGGCCACACUUGGCCGCCACCUUGCAGAAGCACAAGGACGACCUGUCAGACAGCCUCAAAAAAGUCUUCUGGAACGAAACAACCAACGACACGUUGGCCGAAGGGGAUCUACUGGUUCAGCCGGACCUCGCUGACACACUGGAGGUUGUAGCCGACAAGGGACCUGACUAUUUUUAUAAAGGUGGAAUCGGAGAGCAGCUGGCAAAAGAGAUUCAAGCAGACGGUGGAGUGAUCACCGAGAGCGACCUGAAGCAUUACGAGCCCGAGUGGAAGGAGCCCAUUGUUGCAGAUCUGCCCAGCGGCAACACCCUGUACACGACGCCGCUACCUGGCAGUGGCGCCGUGCUUGCCAGCAUACUUAGAAUUAGCCUCGAUGCCCUGGAACGAUCCAACGACACGGUGGACCAGUGGCACAGCUUCAUAGAAGCCUGCAAGCAUGGUUACGGCGGGAGGUCCCGCCUCGCGGACAGCGAUUUCGAGGAUGUGGAAGGGCUCGAACACAACAUGACGACGCCCGAGUGGGCUGCAGCCGUGAGAAAUCUUAUCAACGAGUCAUUCACGUUCGACGACCCCACCCACUACGGAUUCGUCAACGAUUCCUUGCCCAGGGAUGGCGGCACCGCACACGCAACCUUCUGGGGUGACAAUGGAGACGUCAUCGCCAUUACCUCAACUAUAAACAACCAUUUUGGCAGCCAACUGCGCACUUCCAGUGGCGUGAUUCUCAACAACCAGAUGGACGACUUUUCUACGCCCGGUAUGAGCAACUUGUACGACAUCUAUCCCACGCGGCCUAACUUCAUCGAACCGCGGAAGCGGCCCCUCUCUUCUAUGGUGCCGUCCGUCUUCGUAGACAGCAAUGGGGAUGCAGUACUUGCGCUGGGCGGUACUGGAGGAUCUAAAAUCACGACUGCCGUGGCCUUGGUGGCAAUGAGAGCUCUCUGGGGAGGCUACAGCAUCAAGGAAGCCAUCGACCUUCCAAGGCUUCAUCACCAGCUCAUCCCGAGUAGUGUCAUUGUAGAGCCGGACUUUCCACAGGAGUGCAUUGCCGAGCUGGAGAAGAAGGGACACGUCUUCGAGGUGAAAGAAGGGAAAAUCUCCACCGUCAACGGUAUCACGAGAAAGGGCGACCGUUUGUACGCCAGCUAUGAUUUCCGCAGAGGAGGAGGCGUGGACGGCGAGUGAUUAGCCAUCGGUAUAGUAUUUCCGUGCGUUGCCAAUCGAAAAACAAGAUAAAGGUGCUGUCAUUCACCUAGAAGGCGAUUACAACCAUUCCUCUCAUAGCCCUAAUUCAAUGCGUAACACUGAACAGCACCAUGCCUUGAUAUCUGCAUAAAAUUUUGUCGCCACCAGAGUGUUUCCUAACCAUGUAAUAAGAUGGAAGCUGUACUGUGAUAAUCUGUUGUAAAGGUUUAUAUAUCUGUUUCCUUGACACGUAAGCGUGCAUUAGCGCUGGAACUGAUAUAUCACACUUAUUCAUAGUUUCCAAAACUAUCACCUGCUGUCAAAUAAUUUGAUGAUUGAACGUGUUCUAAAACGAAAUGUUGGCCAUAUUGGAAGCAUCUUUCAAUGCGCCAGCGAAGCCUUUCCCCGGAAAUAAUCUGCCACAAGAAGAAUAACAUCCUCUGACUAAACGAUUUUCGCAUACAACAUUCAUGAACAACGAAUAAAAA